CUUGGAAAUUCCUCAAACAAAUCAAAAUGAUUCCAGUGAACCAUUUCUACAAACAUGCCGCUAAGACGUUCAUAGGGGGACCUGUGAUGUUCAAACGACAUCUAGUUUGCCAUGCUAUUCUAACAAUAAUCGUGUUCAUUACGUAUUAUCAGUUAAAUGGUGGUCUCCUGCCAUCGUUUUUAAGAGGGUCUAAGUAUGUGCCACAUGCAUUUGGUGGAGCCAUACCUAUCCCAAAGAGUAGACCAGAUGUUGAUAUCCUAGAACAUUUCUUGCAAGCUGAAGGAGAUGGGAGUAAAAUCACAUGGGCUCAUGCUGUAAAUUCAAAGAGCAAACUAGAUGAUGCUGUUAAAAGUGAUGUAAUGAUGAUGGAAGCUGAUAUAUUACUCAGAGGUCAGGACACAGACCAACAACAACUUGUGCCCAUAAUGGCUCACCCUCCUGACAAGGAUAGUGAUAUCACAUUUGCUGAAUGGUUGGACAUUGGGAAGACCUCCACAAAGGGUUUGAAAUUGGAUUUCAAGUCCAUUGAAGCAGUUGAGCUGACAUUACAGAAUCUCAAAAAAGUUGCACCAAAAUUGCGAAUGCCAAUAUGGCUAAAUGCUGACAUCCUAAAAGGGCCAAAUAGUAAAUCAAACCCUGUAGAUGCUGAGAGGUUCUUAAAGCUAUGCAGUGAGAUGUUCCCGAAAAGUACCAUUUCACUUGGAUGGACAGUGAGCUUAGAAGGCAAAGAAAGACAAUACAGUUGGGCACAUGUUAUAGAAAUGUACCACACUAUUGAUAAGUGGAUAUUGAAGAAACGUAAACAGCCUGUGACAAUAGCUGUUGCUGCUUGCUGUAUAAAGUACUCUAUACCUCAGCUGAAGUGGCUCACUGAUAUGACCGGUGCUUCUUUAACUCUCUGGUCUCAUGAGUCACACCUUGUACAGUUGGCAGAUACGUUGUACACUCAGUACAAGUUCCCCAAAAAUAAGUUAUACUUCGAUCUUGCUCAAAAUCACCUGUUGCAGAUUAACCAACAUAGGGGUGAUAAGUUACAUGUAAUUAACCCAACAUUUUUGAACAAAGAAGUCUUCAAACCAAAGCAAUGGAAGGUUAUGACAGGAGAGAAAAACACUGAACCAUUGCAUAUUGGGGAGGAAGCUGUUGUGCUCGGAUACAAUGAUUUCAUGCUAGUUAGCAUCAAUCAACAUAUUGCAACUACAACUUCCCCAGUUGUCAUAAAUGGCCAUAUACAGUUCAUGGAUCCAAAACCUGACCCUAAAGGAGAACACGGACUAGAGAUAUACAUCCGUGCACCAUAUCUCAGAUAUAAAACCAAAGGAAUACCUGGAAUAAGGUGCUUUCUGGGGAGGAAAGGAUAUAUGAAAAUAUCUUUGGAAAAUAUGCCUGGAGAAAAGACCAAAUUUGAUGAUCAAUUAUUGCUACCCAAUAAUGGGCACUGUUAUCAGUUCAGCAUUCUAGAUGAUGCUGGCACUCUUAACUUCCAUGUUAAAGUACCAGAGGACUGUCUUAACCCAGUAGAUAAAAACAGUAAAGGAUUUGACAAGACAUUGAGCAUAGAUCUGACUAAAACUAAAAUUUUAGCUUGGGAUGGUUAUGUAAUAGUAAGUCCAACAGAUACCAGUGUGAUUGCUGGCAUUGAUGAGCUAAGGAUAAGUCAGUAAAAUAAACCACAUUUAAGUGCCAUGUACUCUCUUUCGUACAUCCAAAGUUAUUUAUUUACCUAUUUAUGCAGUGUUUCCUUCUUUCAUUGUAAAUUACACGUGACUAUAUAAAUGUACAUAUAUGUAUAUGUAUUAUUUUUACUUGAUUUUGACAUGGGCUUUGAAUGCCCAUGAUUUUGACAACUGCUGAUUAGCUGUUAAACUUUUAUUAUAGCAAUAUUUAGGUUAGUUAAACAAUGAUUACAGGAUAACAGACGUCGAUCAAAUAUGAAUAGCUCUAUAAUUUGUUCACAAAUAUUUGUAUCAAGUAUUAACUUAUUUAUAUUAAGGUGCAUUAUUAUCAUACAUGUUCCAUGGAGUAUUGUGUGCUAGUUUUAACUACAGAAAUUGUAGAAUGAUUUAUAGAUAAACUCUGAUUUCUCACAAUAUCUGCAGUACUGGCAACAGGUUGAUACUCACUUUUGCUUUUAGGAAGAAAUUUAAGAGGAGUUUGGACAGUUCAAAGCUGC